UUGGAAUAUGUUGAAAUAUGUUGAUUUGGUGGGUAAAAAAAAUUUUUUUUUAUCAAUGUUGAAGACAGCUGUGCUGCUCAAUAUUUUUGUAGAAUUUUAUUUUAUUUUUUUUAUUAAUAUUUUUUUCAGGUUUCUUUGUUGAAUAGAAAGUUCAAAAGAACAGCGUUUAUUUGAAAUUGAAACCUUUUGUAACAAUAUAAAUGUCUUUACUGUCACCUUUGACCAAUUUAAUGCAUCCUUGCAAAAUAAAAGUAUUAAUUUCUUAAAAUAAACUCUUACUGACUCCAAACUUUCGAAUGGUAGUGUAUUUCGGCCUUAACAAAAAGCCAUAUGUGUCAACCACUAAUCCCGAGUCCUAUAUAAACAUUUCACUGUGUGUCAGUCUCUGUGAUAUGCUAGGCAAUAUUUUUUGCAUUAUAAAUAUUCAUUUUCAUGGUAUCUCUGUUUUUUGUCUUUUAUGGCUUGCUUAGUUUGUUGAUGGAGAGGAUUUCGAAUGACAGCCGGCACAGUGGUCAUCACAGGUGGAAUUCUGGCUGCCGUCAUCUUGCUAACUAUUGUCACAGUUCUGUGUUACUGUAGGCUGCAGUAUUACUGCUGUAAAAGAGACGAGUCGGAGGAGGGGGAGGAGGAGGCUGAUGUUGCCAAGGCAUCGCCAAAUCCACUGCGCCAACCGAGUCCACCUGAGAGUCCGCUGAGUCUCCAACAUUUCCCUGAAUACACGUCCUCCAAUCAGCUGCUAAUGACUGCAGAGCCUUUUGAGGCCAACGGACCAGUCAGUUAUCCUCAAUACAUCCCACGGGCGCCCUACAGGCCGCCCCGCUCGUACACUUUCUGCCCGUCCUGCUCAGGGUAUCUGCCGCUACACAUGAGCCCACAGGAGGGGCUGCGUAACGGAGGUGGCAGGAUCAGCUACAGGACUCUGCAGCAGGAGGAGUUAGACCUGCCAAUGGAGACGCCCAGCUUCCACAAACUCAACCUCAUCCGCUCUGUCACCAUGCAGGAAGUGCUGACGCAUCACAGCAUCAGCACCGAUGUGUAGCACCUCCUAUUCACCUGAAGUAUUCUGUGAUUCACUUUCAUUAUGCUGCUUUCUGUACCCAAUGCUUUAUACAUCAUCUUCAUUCAUUCAUAUAUUCAGAAGGAUAGUCAUGCACCAGUGUGAUUUUAGUAUCAUUGAGAUACUAUUACAGUCUUUAUUGCUGUUGUUUUCAUUUUUAUAUUUUCCAUUUUCAUUCCUUGUAUAACAGGCACUUUUCGUGUUUAUUGCCAUUUUACGGUAGAUCGCUUGUUGUAUUCCUCAAUUGUAAGUCGCUUUGGAUAAAAGUGUCUGCCAAAUGAAUAAAUGUAAAUGUGUUAUUUUUAUUUCAUUUUUACUUUUAGUUAAGUACAUCAAGUUAAACUAAAUCAAAAUGAGAAUUGUUGUCUUGGCAAUUAGCUGAUUUUUUAUUUAUUUUAUUUUUUUAAUAUAUAUUUUUAUUCUAUUUCAAAUAAUGUUUUUUAUAGUUUAGUUUUCGUUAACUAUAAUAACCCUAUCAUGCACUGUAUCUUUUAACCCAAAAACAUAAAAAAUGCAAUCCAUAAUUCAAAAUACAAAUGAAACACCUGUCAAAAAUCAAUAAGGACGAUUCCUUUAUAUUAACUCUAUUUAUACAGACUUUUCUGACAGUGUGUAAUAAAAAAUAUUUGCUUUAUUAUUUAUAUAUGUUAUUAUUACAUAUAUAUAUGUAACUAAUAGGGCUUUUCAAGGGAAUCAGAACUGGAGUAACAUUUUGAUAUUUCACAUUCUUUUGUCUAUCACAGAUAUUUACUGCUGUAGUGAAAUAGAUGGUGAAAAGAUAUAUUUGGUAUGAUGAAAUGGUGUGGAUGUAUGGUAUAUUUAAUUUGUGAAAUGAUGAUACCACCUGCAGUCAUAGUUUUAAUUGUAGGAUUGUGAAGCUGUGUGUCUGUUUGUGUAAUCUAUUUAACCGUCAGAUUUUAUAAUUCUCUGCAUUCUCAUCUUUGUGUGUAGUGCCACUCAGUUUGCAUUGAUUUUGAUCAAAAAUAACUCGGAAGUCACCAGAAUAAUAGUCUGUUAUUGUCUUAUAUCUUUUUUAUUUGUUGAUGUAUGCAAUAUUUGUUAAUAGCCUAUUGACAUUUGCUGUGUGAGGAUUAAAUGAUUGAGUUUCAAGCUCUUAUGGUGUGAUAAAUGAACAUACUGUAUUUAACGGCACAUGCUGUUUGCUGGCCAGCAGGUGGCAUCAGUUCUUGUGCAGAAAAAAAGGAUAACUGGUCAAUUAAAAACA